AUGGGAGGCAGUGCUGGGACCCUGACCCCCACUGCCCUUCUCUACCUUGAGACCCUCCCCAAACCCUCCAUCUGGGCUGAUCCUGGCCCCAUGGUCACCAAGGGGAGCCCUGUGACCAUCUGGUGUCAGGCGUCUCUGCAGGCUGAUGUCUACUAUCUGUAUAAAGAGAGGGUCUCUGGAUCCUGGUCCAUGGAGACUUCACAGGUUUCCAGCAACAGGGCCAGUUUCUCCUUUGCAUCCAUGAGCUCACACAAUUCAGGGAAAUACCAGUGUGCAUAUCAGAGAAGGAAGAGCUGGUCACAGCAGAGUGACCUCCUGACCCUGGUGGUGACAGGAGUGUAUCAUGCACCCUCCUUCUCAGCCAACCCAGCCCUUGUGGUGGCCUCGGGAGGGAAUGUGUCCCUCUCCUGUAGCUCACUGUGGCCACAGGGGUCAUUCCAUCUGCUGAAGGAGUGGGGAGCUGAUGUGCCCCAAUACCUGGAAUUGACGUCCCGUCGUAAGUGGUACCAGGCAGUCUUCCUUGUGGGCCCUGUGAACACCUCCCAUGCGGGGACCUACAGAUGCUACGUUUCUCCCGAAUCGUACCCAUAUUCGUGGUCACAGCCCAGUAACCCUCUGCACCUUCAGGUCACAGGUGUCUACAGGGAACCCUCCCUCUCGGCCCAGCCGGGCUCCCUGGUGCCGUCUGGAGACAGCCUGACCCUCCAGUGUCGCUCAGAGACUGGCUUUGACAGAUUCGCUCUGACCAAGGAUGAGGAGCUCAGAGCUCCCCAGCGUCUAGAUGGGCAGCCCAGCCCCAACUUCACCCUGGGCCCUGUGAGCCCCUCCCACGGGGGCCGAUACAGAUGCUACUGUGGACACAAGCUCUCCUCCACGUGGUCGGCACCCAGUGCCCCUCUGGACGUCCUGAUCACAGGUGAGGAGCCCCCUAAACCGUCCCUCUCAGCCCAGCCAGGGCCUUCAGUGUCCUGGGGAGAGAACGUGACUCUGCAGUGUCGCUCUGAGGUCGGGUUUGAUAGCUUCCACCUGUCCAAGGAGGGGUCCCUGGCUCCUCCCCAGGUCCUUCAUCUGCAGGACACAGCGAUACCUUACCAGGUCAAGUUCACCCUGAGUCCUGUGACCUCAGACCACGAGGGGACCUACAGGUGCUACAGCUCACACAGCAACUCCCCCUACCUGUUGUCACAGCACAGUGACCCCCUGGAGCUCCUGGUCUCUGGGUCAGAGGUGAAUGCACAGAGCCCAGCAGGUGUGGCACACAGUAGGUGCUCAGUUAAAUGGCAUCACUGGCUCCUUCAUGGUGUGGCUCCUGCCCAAGGUCCCCACUCGUACCUGUACGUCCUCAUCGGGGUCCUGGUGGCCUUCAUCCUGCUGCUCGGCCUCCUCGGCCUCCUCCUGGCCCGACACCGGCGUCGGGGCAGAGGCAGGAAGCCAGCAGUGUCAGCCAAGGUGUCUGAGGACAGAGGCCUGCACGGCAGGCCCGGUCCGGCCGCCACUGCCCAGGAGGAGUCCUUGUAUGCUGUCAUGGAAGACACACAGCCUGAAGAAGACAGACAGCUGGAGAGCCAGGCUGCGGUAUCUGAAGACCCUCAAGAUGUGACCUAUGCCCAGCUGAACUACUUGACCCUCACACAGGAGACAGGUGCACCCCCUUCCUCCCAACCAGGGGAGCCCCCAGAGGAGCCCAACGUGUAUGCUUCUCUGGCCAUCCACUAG